UGUGGUCAGCUAUAUGGGCACUAACAGACUGAUUCUCAGACAGUGUUCCUAGGCUGGUAAUUCAUUUACAGAACAUACACUGACAACUGGAGCUAUUUUCACAGUCAGAAAGACAAGUUGACCAUCAGACAAACGCUGAUUUACAUUUUCCCCCUCCUACAACACCUUUCAAGACUAGGCUACCUUCACCUAUCAUGACGACACCUAACCAGAAUCGAACCCCCCGCGGCGUGGGCACCCCGCUCUCCCCCAACCGCAUCACGCGGCUGCAGGAGAAGGAUGACCUGUGCAACCUCAAUGACCGCCUGGCCGUCUACAUCGACAAGGUGCGCUCGCUGGAAUCUGAGAAUGCGGGGCUGCGGCUGCGCAUUACUGAAUCGGAGACCGAGAUUAGCCGGGAGAUGAAGGGCAUGAAGGCUGCUUAUGAGGCCGAGCUUGCUGACGCCAGGCAGACUCUUGACUCGGUGGCCAAAGAGCGUGCACGCCUGCAGCUGGAACUAGGCAAGGUGCGGGAGGACUACAAGGAGCUCAAGGCCAGGAACACAAAGAAGGAGUCCGACCUGGCGGGGGCGCUACUCCGGCUGAAGGACCUGGAGGCUUUGUUGAACUCUAAGGAUGCAUCCCUGACCACUGCCCUGGGAGAGAAACGCAACCUUGAGGCAGAGGUCAGAAACCUAAAGGCCCAGCUAGCCAAGCUGGAGACCAGUCUGAGCGAUGCUAAGAAGCAGCUGCAGGAUGAGAUGCUGAGGAGAGUGGAUGGAGAGAACCGCAUCCAGACAGUAAAAGAAGAGCUGGAGUUCCAGAAGAACCUCUACACUGAGGAGCUGAGAGAAACGAAGAGACGCCACGAGUCUUGCAUGGUGGAGCUGGGUAACGGAAAACAGGAGGACUUUGAGAGCAGGCUGGCCGAGGCCCUGAUAGAGAUGCGCUCCCAGCACGAGCUACAGAUCAAGAUGUACAAGGAUGACAUAGAGAAAACCUAUACAUCUAAGUUGGAGAAUGCCCGUCAGUCUGCUGACAGGAGCAGUCACCUGGUGGGGGCAGCCCAUGAGGAGCUGCAGCAGACCAGAGUACGCAUCGAGUCUAUGUCCUCCCAACUCAGCCAGCUGCAAAAACAGUUGGCAGCCCGUGAGGCGAAGGUGAGGGACCUGGAGGAGGCGUUGUCUCGUGAGAGGGACACCACGCGCCGUCUGCUGGGGGAUAAGGAGAGAGAGAUGGCUGAGAUGAGACAGAGGAUGCAGCAGCAGCUGGAUGAGUAUCAGGAGCUGCUGGAUGUCAAACUGGCCCUGGACAUGGAGAUCUGUGCCUACCGAAAGCUACUGGAGGGAGAGGAGCAGAGGUUGCGUCUGUCCCCCAGCCCUCCCACUACGCGAGUGACAGGAAGUGGAUCAGGCACCCAUACCGUCCACUGCAGUUCCUCUACCAAGAAGCGGCGUCUCAACAACACAGACAGUGAGGCCUCAGGCCUGACAGGAGGCACAGUGGCACGAACACGCAUCACCCAGCAGGCUUCUGCCAGUGGACGUGUCACUGUGGAUGAAGUGGACCUGGAUGGGAAGUAUGUGUUGCUCAGCAACAAAGCAGAUGAGGACCAGAACCUGGGAAACUGGCAGCUGAAGCGACAGAUGGGCUCCGGCACCCCCGUCACCUUCAAGUUCCCCCCUAAAUUCACCCUGAAGGCUGGACAGAGGGUCACGAUCUGGGCAUCUGCAGCUGGCGGCAGCCACAACCCCCCUUCUGACCUGGUGUGGAAGACCCAGACCUCUUGGGGCAGUGGAGACCACUUCCAGACCACUCUGAUCAGUGCCAACGGAGAGGAAAUGGCCAUGAGGAAGGUGACCCGCACCCUAUUUGACGAGGAUGAUGAUGACAUGAUGGCCCAUAGCACAUGUGGAGGAGAUGGUGAGUAUAACCUUCGGAGCCGGUGUGGCUCCUGUGGCCUGCCCGCUGACAGCAAGUCCAGCGGCGGCUUCUCUGUGUCCUCCACCUCCCGCUCAAUCCGAAGUGGGGGCAUCGCUGAGGGUCUCCUCCCACACUCCUAUGUUGUGAGCAGCAGCACGUCUCGUAGGAGUGGAUCUAGAAUGGAGAACUGCCCCAUCAUGUGAAGCUUUGAGUUCUAACUGGUGCACAUGGACUCCAUUUCAUCUCAUUUUUUAAUAUAUAUAUAUAUAUAUAUAUAUCUUUUUUAUACUCUUUAUCCAAUAAAGUUUUUCUAACUUUA